CGCCAGAACUGAUCCCCCAAAAUAGGAUAGUGAGGUAGAUAAAACUCCCUAGUGAAGAGAGAAACCGUCAGACCGUGGUGAGCAAAAAGAAAAUCCCCAGUGGGAAGAAAUCUCAGGAGGAGCCCGGCUAUAGAGGGGGGAGCCCAUCCUCCGCUGGCCAGCGAGGUGUAAUGAUAGAUAUAACAGAAAUGUGUUAGGAAAUCCAUUAUAGCAGAUGGAAUUGGCUGGACAGGUUUGACGUCUCUGAUGGAUUCACUGAUCUCUCCCAGCUCCAGGGGUCACCUCCUCCUUCUCCAAGGCCAAGUCUCAGAGCUUCGACCCGUUCGCCGACCUGGGGAAUCUGGGCACCACGCUGACAGGCUCCUCUAGCGGUGGCUUCUCGGGGUCAGGGUUCAACGCCAAGGCGACCCCUCCCACGAAGGGAGCAGGGCGUCCUGCAGCAACACCGGGCAAAGCCUGGGGCCAGCCAGGCGCCCCUCCAAAACCCCCGCCUCCCAAACCUGCCCCGCCCCAGGCCAAGCCCAACUACAACCUGGGCUUCGUCAUCGGGGGACGCGAGGAGAGGGGGGUCAGGGGCCCCGGAUUCGGCCCGAAGCCCAAGGUGAAGGAGGAUGACUUCGAGGACCUGCUGUCCACCCAGGGCUUUGCCUCCAAACCGGACCGAAGAGGCCCCCGCACCAUCGCCGAGAUGCGCAAACGGGAGCUCUCCAAGGACAUGGACCCGCUCAAACUACAGAUCCUGGAGUGGAUCGAGGGGAAGGAGCGGAACAUCCGGGCCCUCCUCUCCACGCUCCACACCGUGCUCUGGGAGGGCGAGACGCGCUGGAGGCCGGUGGGAAUGGCCGACCUGGUCACCCCCGACCAGGUCAAGAAGUUCUACAGGAAGGCCGUGCUGGUGGUCCACCCCGACAAGGCCACAGGACAGCCGUAUGAGCAGUAUGCCAAGAUGAUCUUCAUGGAGCUGAACGACGCGUGGUCAGAGUUUGAGAACCAGGGUUCGAAGGCCCUCUUCUGAGGCAGGGCUGUUCAGUGGAGACUCAGAGCAAUAUGGCGCCCUCCCGGGUUUGGUCGGAGGUACACUCGUUCUACGGUCUGUAGGGAAGGUGCCGCGGUUUGACAUUUCCACCCCGUGACAGACACUGCCACCUUGUGCGGGGGAGGGUGCGUUUGCGCACUGGCAUUGGGGGUGGUUUCCAUAUCUGUGAGACAAUCACUGAAUAGGAGCGGCUCGGCAAGCAAUGCAGGGGCCAGCUCCAACCCACUCCGAAACACAGGACUGCUGACUCAUCAUGGAAAAUCCUGAAAAUUACUGUCUGAUUAAUAGAGAAAAAAAAGAAGAAAAAAAAGAAAAAAACAACAACUCACGCGUUACCAUUACACAGCCCCUAUGACAGGUGUGUCUGUCACCUGUUCACGUGUGCCGCAAACACACCUGGACCCCGCGCGUGCGUCUUGCACAGCGCGCCGACCCCAGCUGAAGAACCGCGAUGCAGACGGCUGCGUCUCUGCUGCAGUACAUGAAGAUCGAGAGGAAUGUGAAAUAAACCAGGCUGGUUUUUCUGUUUCGUUUUGUUCGUUUGUCCACGUGGAGCGGUGCAAAACAGAUUUUUAUUUUUUGUCUUUUCUGUCCUGUGUCUGUGAUAGUUUUGUAAAUAUUGUGUCGAGAGAAGGUUCCUACUGAGCCACCGAUUGGACCGUUGGGUUUGUUUCUGCCUGCCUCCUUGUGACAUCACGCCUUCUGCGAGCGCUCUUGCUAUAAGCUCUCUUUAACAUUUCCACUUAACUUUGCAGCGAAUGUCACCGGGACCCGUAGAGCUGAUCUUCUGUUCCCCACGUGCAGGGGCUUCUGGGUAAUGACCUUCAUACCCUAAUAUUCUUUUGUUAAUCUUCCUGUUAACUCAUGGACCAAUCAAAUACUUCUAUUUUAUUUAUUUUGUGAAUCAAAUGUACAAGGCAUUUUAAAGCAAAAAUAAAUAAUAUAUAAGUUUGAAUGUCUGAAUGGAAUUCUCAUGAGCCUGUAGUUCUGAUGUGGGAAUCAUUCCAAAGCAUAUACUUACUUGAAUGUGCUUUUAUAUGGACUUUGCAGGUUAUGUGUUCACUCUCUCUUUUCCCUUUGCUGAAAUGUGAUUGGAUACCUUUUAAGUAUGACAGGACACAACCAUGUAAGCAGUGUGUUUAUUCCACUUUGUGAUCCAUUAAAGAACUAUUGGCAUAGGAACUCUAUGGUCCCUACAAUUCCUGACAUUGAAACUGCAGGCUUGUACCACAUCAUGGCAGUUUGAAAUGAAAGUGAAAAAAACUAUACAGAUCAAACAGAAUUGUACUAAAAAUUGAAUGUAAGUGAGUUGUAAGAACUGAAAGGAUAUUGUGCUGGUGUAGGCUCACAGACUGAAACGCCUCUUCUUCAGGGCUCAGCAGUGUAAUGAUGGGGUUUAUUCAGGCUGUGUCACAACAAGACUGAGGUUAGGUGCAGGUUUUCCUCAAGUACAUUGUCUGUCAGUCUGCCAUUUUCUUUUCUUCUUCUUUUCAUUUAGUGCCCCACACAGAGUUGGUCACUCCAGGGCUAAACCUGAAUUUAGUAUUUUUGUUUGUUUUUAAUGCAACCUCUGAGUAUAAAGGUGUGUAAUUCCCACUGUAAUUUAGACAGCGGGUUGCACAUACAGCAUCUGAAAAACCUGUAUCAAAGCCUUAAAAUAUAAUCUGAAAAUGUUUAUCCAGGUUAUUGGACUACAAUUCAGGCUCCAGAACACACUGCUCAUGACCUUUCGGUUGCAGCAAUAGGGAAGCUUACUGGCAGAAACGUAGCACUAUGUGCACUGCCAGUCCAUUAUUUGGAUAUCACAGAAAUACUGGACAGAAAGGAGCUUUUGAAAGGCUCUAUUCACAGUGGUCCACUAAUGUAGAUGAACUCUUGUUAAAGACCAGAUGGUGUUUUAGUUCACUCCUUACUCAACCUACAAAAGCAAAGAAUGGAGGUAUGACACAUACCAACAGAUUUACCUCAUGUACUUUGUGUCUUUCUUUCCUUCAGUGGAUUAAAUUUUUCUUAUUCCGCUUGCCCAAAACAUUUUCAUUUUUCUGUGUUUGAUGUUGUAUUAGGACACGCAUGAAGGCUGCGGUUUGAUCCUUCUUCAUGUGUUUGGGCAAGAAUCUGUAAAAACUGGAGAAAUUAACUUGGAUCCAACGAUGAGAAAAAAUACUUCAACACUUAUUUCCUGGUUCUGACACGUCCAUUCUCCUGGGGAUGAGCAGGGAGACAGAGCAUUGUGAAGUUUUUGCUAACAUUUCCAAAAUGACUCGCCGUUUACUUUUUGUCUUGCUUGUUUUUGAAAAUGGACUUAACAAACCUCAUUCUUACUUUAGUCAGCUAAAGGUGUGAUUUUUUUUUAUUGAAAAAUGAUGAAAAUGUUUUUCCUCUAUAAAUACAUUGAGUGUGUGUAUAUAUACUGGUAUAGGGUUUAAACUAUAUUUCAUGACAUGAGAGAUCUCUGCCAAUCUUGUAUAACAUUUAUGACCAAUAAAACACAAUCAAGACA